AUGGCCGCCGGCAUCAUCUACAUCGUCCUCAUCCAACGCCGCGCCCGUCCGCACACCUCCGCAUCACUUACCCUUGCCUUCGAGAUUGGCAAAUUGGUUUUGGCAUUUGCCUUAUGGCUUUGGCUGAUCCUUGAUGCCGCGUUCGGUCCGUGGGAUCGGUAUUAUCGUAACAGACCGGAAGCUCGCCAUAGGCGGAUUGUGAGAGCUGCGAUUAGUCACGUCUUGAUUUGGAUCUUAUUCGUGCCGACAGUGGCGUAUGCUGCGUAUAUGUGGAAGCAUGACAAGGCGAGUGUAGAAGACUCGACACGAGACGAAGAGGCCGCAGGUGAGGGGGAGACCCCGAACGAACAGUCGCCGUUGUUAGGGAGGUAG